UGCUAGUAAGUGCAGGAGUAAUUACUCAAAUCAUACGCAUAAAAACUUAAUAACACAAAUUCAUUUACAAUUAACAUCCAAAGAUAAAAAUAAUGAUACAAAUAAAUGAAUCAAAUAUUAUGCAUAAAAAUCUACACUUGAGAAAAACAACAAUAAGGAGUAUUUAUUUUGGGUUGGAGGCAUGGUUGACGCCAGGUGGUGGCCGGUACCGAACAUCGCCGGAAUCUUCGAUUCAUCGUCGGCGAUUGACGGUGGUGGCGAUGGAAAAAGAGGCUUGAUGGCCACUAGAGCGACUCAGGCCACUGCUAGCCAUAGAAGCGGCGGCGGCGGCAGAAGGGAUCAUCGAACCUGCAGCAGCUCUGUUGCUGAAGCUCCUGAUAACAUUUCGGGGAGAGCGCUGAUCGGAGAAUCGGUCUCGGAACUCAUCGGAGAUCUGGAUCCUCCGGCGAGAAGAGCCGUCGGGGGAAUCGGAUCCGACGAGCAAGUGGUAGCUCCUGUUAGAGGCGUCGGAGAGGCAGCGGCCGAGGGCGUGGUGAUGGGGCGGCCGUUGCUUCUUGAGGGCGUGGACCAGAUAUGGGAUUAAUCCUUCCAUUUCUGAAUUCUCAGAGCUUGAUUUAAUGAUGAUGAUGAUGAUGAUGAAUUGUGUAUAGAUAGAUGGAAUAGACCAUAGCUGACAUUGUAUUUAUAGGUGGGAGAAAAUUGGGUGUUUGAUCGGAUCAAUUCAUAAACCAUCAAACUCAAACCUGCCACCAGAUUUUGAGUCACAGCUCCAAAAAUUAUCUCCCAAUUGCUAUUACAAUAUUUGACUAAAGUCAUUUUUAAUUUAUUUUUUAUAAAAAAAAUGAUAUAUAAUUAAAAAUUACAUAUUUCAAAAGUAAUCAAAAGAUCUACUCCCU